AUGGGCCUGCUUUCUCAUGCGGCAUUGCUGGCCGUGUUGCUUCCUGUGGGUUGGGGCAUUUCCGAGCAUCUGGGAAUCUUGGUGUGGCCGCUUCUUGAUUCCAGAUGGGUCUGUGCUGAAAGAGCUCUCCAGCACAGCCUGGACGUGGACUACGAACAAGAGACCGCUGCAGACGCAUUGAGCGCUACUGGUGGAGACGACGAUGAUUCGGAUGCAGAGCCUUUGCAGCACGACACGUAUGCUUUCCACGCUUUGCCUCGCGGUGCACUCCAUCAGAAAGGUGCCUGCAUGGUACCUAGUACAGGAAAUUUGUUGGAGACAGCUUCGGCAGCGCUUCCAAUCUCCGUUUUGGCUUUCUUCGUGGCCCGCCUCCUCAUGUAUGGCUUCUCCGAGGACAUUAAGCACUACUUCAGCACAGACCUCGUGGAUGAUGCCGCAACUUUUGCUGCUUGCUGCAUCGGGGCGCUCGCAUGUUACAGACCGUCCGCAAGCGACUCUAACGACAUCAAGUUGAGAUUGCCAUACUUGGCCCUGUGA